AUGUGGAUCAAAGCGGUUUCUAUCUACCCCUAUUUCGAUGAUGAAAUUAAAGAUACUUUGUUUUCUCUUGCUACCGGAAAAGCUCCCUGGGCCGAUGGUUUCAAUGUUGAAUUCUUCAAACACUCUUGGGAUGUUGUUGGUGCUUCGGUUAUCUUGGCGGUUAGAGAUUUCUUCGUAAAUGUGAGUCAGUUGAAGCAAAUUAAUACAACCAUUAUUGCCCUUGUGCCCAAAAUCCCCAAUGCCUCCACUGUCCAUGACUUCAGGCCUAUUGCGUGCUGUAACACUAUUUAUAAGUGUAUCACUAAGCUGAUUGCUAAUCGUUUAUCUUGUGUGCUGCCAUCCAUCAUUAGUUUGCCUCAAAAUGCAUUCGUAAAGGGUAGGCAUAUCGGUGAUAACAUUUUGGUUGCUCAAGAAUUGUUCAGUGGGUUUCACCAUGAUCCGUAUCGGCCCAAAUGCGUAAUCAAGGUUGAUUUUAGGAAAGCAUAUGAUACAGUUAAUCGGGAAUUCAUUGAAGUUUGCCUUCAAGCUUUUGGCUUCCCUCAGCACUUUAUUGACCGAAUUAUGAGCUGUGUUCGUUCUCCAAAAUUCUCGGUAUCCUUAAAUGGAGAGCUGCAUGGAUUUUUUGCAAGUGGCAGAGGUAUCCGCCAAGGUGACCCUAUGUCUCCAUACAUAUUCACUCUUGUGAUGGAAGUAUUUUCUGGUUUAUUGGACAUUCAAACAAAAAGGCUGGAAUUGAUUCAUUCUCCAGCCGGAGCGGAUUGGAGCCGAAUCAAUAAAAGUGAAGUGUUCAUAGCCGGUGGUUCGUCCGAUCUUCGAAGUGGGAUCUUGAACAAACUUGGCUUCCAGGUUGGUUCUCUCCCUUUCCGAUACCUUGGAGUACCAGUUAUAUCCGCAAGGCUAGAUAGAAUUGAGAAAAUCCUCCGCCAAUUCCUUUGGAAGGGGCUGAUGUUGGGUCCAAGCGGGGCCAAAGUAGCCUGGUGCGAUGUUUGCCUCCCUAGAGAGGAGGGAGGGCUUGUUCUUGGGCUUGGAAAAAGCUCCUCCGCCUUCGUAGUAUUUAUCAAAAGCAUUUUAGAUGGAGGAUUGGCAAUGGCAGUCUCCGUGUCAUUUUGGUUUGAUCAGUGGCAUCUUAAUGGCCCUCUCAACCGCCUAUUCUCUAACCAGGAGAUCUACCGUUCUGGCAUCCCUAGAGAUGCCUCUGUUGCUGAUGCUCUCUCCACGCCUUUAGGCUGGUAUGUCAUUAAUAUUAUGGCCAAUUGGUGGGAUCCCAUCCCUGAAUUUAACCAGCAAGCGGAUCGUUUUCAGUGGAUUCGACACCCCUUGGGCCGUUUCUCAACAGCUUCUGCCUGGGAAUUAUUGAGGCCGAAAGGUGAUGCUGUGCCCUGGUCCUCGUUUGUGUGGAGCUCCUCCAUACCGCCGAGGUACCAAACCCAUCUCUGGCUUAUUACUCGUAAUAGACUGCCAACACAGGUCCGGCUCCUCUCCUACGCCAGGAUUCCAGCAGCUCUCUGUCCCUUUUGCUCCCGUAGGCCUGAUUUGGUGAACCACCUCUUCUUCGCGUGCCAAACUCCGGGUAAUCUCGCAUCCUUCUGGGCUGCUAAGUUUAAUAUUUUGUGGCGUAACAAAUCCUGGCGAGAGAACCUGGUUUGGGCGAUGAAGCACUUCUCGGAUAAAAGCUUUUAUAACUCUUUGGCUAGGUUUAGCUUUGGAGCCAUUUGCUAUAUCAUUUGGAAGGAGCGCAACAAUAUUAUUUUCAGAAACCAGACUUUAUUCCUCCCGGCGAUGAAGAUGCAUCUCCGUAAGGCAAUCAAGGAUAAGGCGUCGACCUUUAAGCAUGUGAUAGAUACCCCGAAGAACAGAAGACUGCAACAGAGCUGGGACUUGAGUCCUUCUAUCUUUCUUUGA